UUUAAGUCUUGUUCCAAGAUCAUUAUGAGCACAGUGACAUCCAGCUUGAAUAGAUGGCAGAAGAAGGAGCUCUGCUCAUUUUUCAACAAUGCCAACCUCAGCCUGCUGUUCAAAGCUAGUGUGCAUGGAUUCAAUGCCACUACAUUUCACGAAAAAUGUAAUACUCAGGGGCCAACGGUUAUAGUAGCUUACAAUAAGUCUGGACGUGUUUUUGGAGCUUUCACUAGCAAAAGUUAUGCACAGACCGGACAAAAUGUUGUGGAUGACAAAGCUUUUCUCUUUAGCUUUAAUGACAAAGAAAUGAAGGAAGAUCCUCUGCGUGUGGUCAGUGGAAAUCCCCAGUAUGCUUUCACUGACAAUGGUCCAAACUUCGACUCUUUAGUGUUUCUUUACAAUAAUACAGCUAAUGCCUACAGUAACCCAGGAACAUACCAAUUCGAUCCACAGAAGAUUCAUGGAAAUGACUUACAGCUGACAGAAUGUGAGGUGUACAGAGUGGAAGAUUUUGAAGGACUCAUGGAGAAACCAUGGAGAAAUGUGCAGUGGAAUUCUGAUGUCCAGUCCAGUUUGACUACUCAGUUUCGUCCCUACUACAUAAAGCCAAGCAGCAGUGUUACCCAUGUUCCCUUCAUUUUGUGUGACACAAUGGGUCUGGAGGAUGGUGUGAACACUGGUCUGGAUGUAGAUGAUUUUGCCACAAUUUUGAAGGGUCACAUUCAAGACAAGUAUCAGUUUAACCCAUUGAUGCCUAUACAGCCAGACUCCCCUCAUUUCCAUAAGUCUCCUGGCUUGAAGGACAAGAUUCACUGUGUGGUGUUUGUGAUUGACAUCAGCAGAGUCAAGCUUCUCUCUGACAAAACGAUUGAGAAGUUUGUGGUUUUUCGAAAGAAAGCCAACCAGCUAAGUAUUCCUCAGCUGGUUCUGCUGACUAAGGUGGAUGAGGCCUGCCCCUUAGUGGCAGAAGACCUGAAAAAUGUCUACCAGAGCCACUAUAUCAACAAAAUGAUGCAAGAGAUUAGCUCUCAGCUUGGAGUUUCUCUGUCUGUUGUGGUCCCAGUGAAAAACUACUACCAAGAACUGGAAAUAGACUCUCAAACAGACAUUCUGCUUCUAAACGCUGUUGUUCAGAUGCUCAGAGCUGCUGAUGGCUAUUUUGAUGAUUUUUACAAUCCAGAAGAGAGGUCGGAGUAA